AUGCAAAUCUCACUGGUCACUUUUUGCCUCGUGGCAAUAUUCGGAUCCAGUUCUUGGAUCGGAACGAACAGUGUAUGGAUGGAAUUGUCUCUUUUAACUGCAAAACUUCCCGAAGGAUGGAAUCUUCCCAGUUAUCUCUCUGCCAUUGUUCAGAUCGCCUGUUUGGGUCCAUUGAUUUAUUCAAUUAUUCAUAAAGGAAUCAAAGUGACGAUACCUACAGUACCUCUGAUUUUUGUAUUCAUGAUAUUGGCUUGUUGUUGUCAGUUAGGACUCUGUUUCUUCUGGGAUGACACCGGUUAUAUAUUCGGAGUCAUCCGUUCGUGGCCUCUCUAUCUUCUUCUCUUCGGACUAGCCAUCGUCGAUGCCAUCUCUAGUGUCCUAUUUCUCCCCUUUAUGGCUCAAUUCCAUCCGGCAUUUCUGAAUGCAUACUUUGUGGGAAUGGGACUUAGUGCAUUGAUUCCAAGUAUAUUUUCUCUGAUUCAAGGAACUUCCAAUUAUUGGUGUGAUGAUAAUAAGGAACCCCACUACUACCCUCCUCGAUUCUCUGUCGCUGUGUUCUUCCUCAUCAAUUUCUUCUUCACUUGUGCCGCAGUGAUUGCUUUUGUGAUACUUUACAAGACAGGUGCACAUAAUCAUUCUUUUCAGGAGUCAACGCCUUCUGUGGAGAGUGCAUCUGGUGCCCGAUUAGCAUUUUUGUUGAUUGCGACAGCAUUGGUGAAUGCUCAGAUGAAUGGAAUAGUGACCAGUGUACAGAGUUAUGCAACACUAGUGUAUUCACAGGACACUUACCACUACGCAGUGACCCUGUCCAAUGUGGUAUCUCCUCUUGCUUCUUAUCUUCAAUUCUUUGUGAAAAUUCGGAGUAUUCCUAUCUUGGCUAUUCUCACGCUUUGCUCCACUAUAUCAACUGGAAUAAUUGUCUAUCUGGCUGCACUGUCACCGAAUUGGAUAUUCGGAUCACAGGCGGCGGGGACUGCAAUUUCAAUAGCAAGUUCUUUGAUAGCUGCAGGACUACAUUCAUAUCUUCGUGUCAUGUUUGCCGCAUUACUCCGAGAAGGAAAUCAUAAAGAAUCGAGAUUAUUCUGGUGUGGAGCUUUUAUUCAGAUAGGUUCCUUCACUGGUUCAGCUAUAAUGUUCCCACUGGUCAAUGUCUGGAAGCUGUUUCAUUCUGCUCCAUCUUGUCGUUAA